AUGCCACUGGUCGCAGCUAUGCUCACGAGAAGCAACGGUGCGUGGAAGAAGGCGACCUCGGUAGUUCAGGCCUCAAUCUGUCGUGACCAGCAACGGCCAAAUCACACCACCAUAACGUCAGUGACAUCAGUGUCUCAGCGACGUCACUUCUCCUCGGCUGAGAAUGGCGCAAAGCCCAGCCGAAGCCACCCUUCUGCUGCCGAAGCAAAGCAGAAGAGAGAGUCAGACAGGGAGUUUUUGAUUUCAGUACUGGAGUCGUCGGCGACCAAGCGGGAUGCAAAGGCAUACCUUCAGACCUAUGGGUCAUCGAAAGCCAAAGCGGUGCCAAAGGAAUCACCAGCUUCUACCGCCCUUGUGAGCGACAAAGCAAUCCCAGAAGCCAAGGAUGUGUCAUUUUUCGUCCAAGGCUCCGUUCCAGUGGAAUCUCUAGAGGCCGAUGAAGUACCACGUGUGGCGAUUGUGAAGCUUCGCGAGCCUCAGACGUGGGACGACACUUUACUGGGUGGCGUCGCUAAGACGCUCACCCGGCUGCGAGAUCUGGGUCUUCGAAGUGUUAUUGUUCUCGAAUGCAGCGCAGAGAAAAGCUCAGUUCUGGAUUGGAAAGAUGUGGUGACACAACAAACAGACCGACUUCAGAAAGCCAUUCAAAAGUAUGGCACACCAGGCGCGGAACUUGUUGAUGGAGGCAUCUGGAAACGGAGUACAACUCCACCAAGCGCUUCGUCUCUUGGUCAUACUAAGCUCUCCGUUGGCUUUGGGGAGGCAUUCACCGCGCCGCUCAGGCAUGGCCAUAUCCUAGUGGUCCCCUCUCGGGCAGUGGUCGAAGAGACUCUAGAGCACACGGCGGCUGACGCAAAUGAAGUGAUCUUUGCUUUGGCAAAAUACUUUGCUGGACUUCAGGUCAAUGCUGGCCAAAAUCAAACCCGGACCGCGGUGGUAGACAGGGUGAUCAUCAUCGACCCCUUUGGCGGAAUUCCUGCUAGGAACCUGGGCGAUGGCGCGCGGGUAUUUAUCAAUCUCGAAGAGCAGUUCAACAGCAUCAAGGCGACCCUGAGUGCAGCGGAACCACAAGAUAACGGGAGCCCAAUACCUGGUAUCUCAGGCAACCCGAAAGCUUCACACAUCGAAAACCUAGAGCUCGUCAAGAACAUACUAGCAAUCCUGCCCUCGACAGCUUCCGCGGUCAUAACCAGCCCAAUCGAAGCCGCAAAUCUACAGUCGAAUCAAGCAUAUGAUAUCAGAAGAGACGCCGAGGAGGCUAUGGCAGGUGAAGUCAAAACACGAAGAUGGCAGAAUCCCAUCAUUCACAACCUUCUCACCGACCGGCCGAUAUACUCGGCGUCUCUACCCAUCGGCCGGAUCAAAUCAACGACAAAUGGUACAUACCAAAGGUCAUCCCGAAUGCCCACCACAACCCUGGCGAAGAAAGGCCUCCCUGUUACCAUCUUCCCCGACACCCGCACACGGUCCUGGCAACCACCUAAACCGGGCACCCCCCGCCUGAAACUAACAGAUACGUGCGUCGACCUCCCCCGACUCAUCCACCUCAUCAACGACUCCUUCGGCCGCAAGCUGGACGCAGAGCACUACCUCAACCGAGUCCAAGACUCCCUCGCAGGUAUCAUCAUCGCCGGCGAGUACGAAGGCGGUGCGAUCCUCACUUGGGAACGACCAUUCGGGCUUGACGAGGAGACAGCGUACAACUCGGGUAGAUUAGUGCCCUACCUGGAUAAGUUUGCCGUGUUGAAGAAGAGUCAAGGGGCGGGAGGUGUGGCGGAUAUUGUGUUCAAUGCCAUGGUGAGGGAUUGUUUCCCGAAUGGGGUGUGCUGGAGGAGCAGGAAGGAUAACCCAGUGAAUAAGUGGUAUUUUGAGAGGAGCAGGGGGGUGAGAAAGUUGCCCGGGAGUAACUGGGCGAUGUUUUGGACGACGCCGGAGGCCGCGGUGAAGGAUCAGGUCAUGGAGGACUAUGAGGAUGUUUGUAGGGGGGUUGUGCCGAGUUGGGCUGAUUCGAAGGCGGCGGAUUGA